AUCAAUAGAUUGCGUAGUUUUUUAGUUUGAGUGCCACGUUUGCAGUGGAAACAUUGGUGAAAGCAAAAACUGCACACAUAUAUAUGUACUUUAUAGUGUUGGAUUAUAGCUCAAAGAGAGGAUAUUAUAAAAAAGUAUUGGGAUAAAUAGAUUCUGAAAGCAAUAUAUUGUGAAAGGAAUUAAUAAAUAUUAUAUUUAUUGGUGUUUGGUCUGGGUAACAUAUGGGAAAAUCAGAAUGCACCGGAUCAGUUUUGAAAAGUUUCCAAACAGGAUUCAGGAUUAACAGUAGAGCCAUGUGGGCUCUCUUGUUGCUGGGACUGACGGUCAGUUCGGCACUUCCUGUGUCAUCAGAGGAUGACAACUACCUGAACCUGUUCCUGGUGAAGGUCAACAAGAGGUCGGCCAUCCAUGACUUGGCUGCUGAGCAUGGCUUCACCGUUGCAGACGAGCUAGAAGAGCUGGGUUACCAUCUGCUGGAACAUAAAGAUGUCUCCAGGAGAUCAAAGCGAAGUGCAGAAUCUCAUGUCCAGAGACUCAGCAAUGACCACAGGGUCCAGUUUGUACAGCAGCAGAAGCUUCUGAUUCGAGAGAAGCGAGAAAUUCUUCACGACAAACAGCUGGAGAUGCCAGAGCGAAACUUUGACCCCUCUGAAUAUUUUCGAGCCCCAACGCCACACUUGUAUAGCCGGGGGUUUUCUGGUAGUGAAGGUGUGACCUUCAACGACCCAUACUACAAAGACCAGUGGUACUGUGAAAAUAAUGGACAGUCAGGUGGAACGAAAUAUAUUGACCUAAAUAUAAAGAUCGCCUGGGAUCAAGGUUACACCGGCAAAGGGGUCACGGUCACUGUGUUGGAUGAUGGGAUAGAUCACAAUCACCCUGACCUUAAAAAGAAUUAUUCCCCCUUUGCUAGCGCUGAUAUGAAUGAUAAAGACGACAAACAGAAUGACCCUAUGCCAGACACAAGAACUCCAGGAAACAGUCACGGAACUCGCUGCGCCGGUGAGAUUGCCGCCGAGGCUAACAACAGUGUCUGUAGUGUGGGUGUGGCAUACAAUGCCCAGGUGGGAGGUGUGCGUAUGUUGGAUGGGGAGGUAUACGAUUCCAUCGAGGCAAAGGCCUUGAAUUACAAGAACCAGUUUAUCGAUGUUAUGAGUGCCUCUUGGGGGCCCAGGGACGACGGAAUGACCAUGGAGGGACCGGGUCCUGCUACCAAGGACGCCUUGGAAGCAGGGGUCAAAAAGGGACGUAAUGGAAAAGGUAUUAUCUAUGUGUGGGCUACAGGAAAUGGUGGUGUCCAUGACGACGACUGUGGAUGUGAUGGUUAUGUCUCCUCCCCCUACUCCCUCUCUGUCGGAAGCAUCACUGACCGAGGCCAGGCGCCCUACUUUGACGAGAAGUGCGCGUCCACCUUGACUGUGGUUCCCAGUGGGGGAGAAAUCCGAGCGGGGGAGUUUGAAGGACAGCCUAAAAUCAAAGUGGUGACCACAGACAUAAAUGGUGGGUGUAUUCUUGGGUUUGAGGGAACCUCUGCUGCUGCUCCACUGGCAGCUGGCUGUGCAGCCCUGGCCCUAGAGGCAAACCCAGAUUUGACCUGGAGGGACAUGCAGCACAUUGUCGUGGAGACAGCUAAGAUUCCCUCAGUCGACCAGACGUGGGUCGUGAACGGUGCAGGGAAACACGUCAGCCACACAUUCGGGUUUGGAGUCAUGGAUUGUGGGGCUAUGGUUAAUGCUGCUCUGAACUGGCAAACUGUUCCUGAGCUCAAAAUCCAAAAAUCUCAGAUGUAUGAGGUCAACAAACCUAUCCCCACAAGAGACUGUAUAACAAAGACUGUACCGUACGUCCCGGACGGCACUCCCAUAAUUCAACUGGAACACGUACAACUCUACGUCAAGUUAGAGCACACACGACGAGGUGACAUCCAGAUUUACCUGACGUCUCCCAGCAAAACUGUGUCAGAAAUGCUGUCUACCAGAAAGAACGAUAAUGCUAGAGGCGGAAUUGACUUUACUUUUAUGACGGUUCAUAACUGGGGGGAAAAUCCAUCUGGAGAUUGGGAGGUGAAAGUUUGUGACAAUCGUAAAUCUACUUCGGAUAACACAGGGAAACUGGAGAAAUUUCAGCUGAUCUUUUAUGGAACAGCAGAAACACUGACAGCUCGUAGCGCAGGCAACACAGAGUCCCACAAACUGCCCCUGUCUGCAGUGGAGACGAUAGAAAAAGAGGAACUGAGGAAAUCGAGGAACUUAAAACUGAAAAGGAACAUGGGGGACAAGAGAAAGAAGGCCUACCAUGAAACCGAGGUCAGGGAAGAAAAAGAGAGGGAUUUCAAAGAUGGGAAAGAUUUCGUGGACCGCUUUUUGGAUGACAAGAUAGAGGAUCGAGGGUUUGACGGUGAAAAAAGGCAGGAUGAUGACGGGCUGUACAAGACGGUACUUAGAGAGCUGGAGGAUUUGCUGGAUAAGAGGGAUGACCAGAACAGCCAUUACAGAGAAGAGAAGCGUGGGCGGGACGCCAGGCAGGACUUGCUGGAUGAGAUUGAUGAAAUCCUCCAGAGGAAUUAGUAAACACAGUUUUUAAGGCUUUAAAGAGGAUCAGUUGGUCAUUAGGUGAAUUUUACGGUGUUGUGUAU